CGAAACCAAACAUGCCGGCAAAAACAGCAUCAUUUGAUCCUCGUAAUUAUUCUGUUGUCUAUGAAGAGAUGAUAGAAUCAAAGGAAUCCAGAGAAUGUUUUAGAAAAUACUUGACAAACACAAGCUUAAGUGAUGAAACUAUCCUAUUCCUAGACGAAUUGGAAUAUUAUAAGAAAGAAUAUGAUAAAUCCAUUGCCGAAAUAAUGGAAAUACUCAAGCUAGAGAAUGACACACUAAAUAACAGUGAUUCCACAUCAUCCAUAACAGAAUUUUCUCGUCCAACAACUUUCAAGAAGAAAUCACAACUAAAAAAAGUAACUAAACAACUGAGACGUAUAACAGACAAGUCAAAUUCGAUAUUUAAUAUUUAUAUUAAACCAUCAUCAGAGAAGGAAUUAAAUAUUGGUCAUAUACAGAGAGAAUUGUUGGGUAAACAUGAAAAAAUUCAAGAAAAGUUUGAAAAUUUUACAAAAUUAAUAUCAGAAAAGGAAACUCUAGGAAAGAGUGCAUCUUCAGUUUCAAUUAAUGAUACUGAAUCAUCUAAUUCAUCACAGGAAGGAUCAUUAGAUUCCAAUGAAUCAAAUUUGUAUCCACUUUGUAGUGAAAUUAUUGAACUGUUGGAUUAUCAGAAAUUAUUUAAUGAAGUUGAGUUGACUGUUCAUAUGGAUUUGAAAAUGGAUCAAUUUCCAAGAUUUGUGAGAAGUCAAUUCUUAUUGAACUUUUUAAAAGAAAAGGGUGAAAAUUUCACAAGAACCAUUGCUAUUGAUUCUUCAAAGGGAGUCAAUGUUGAUUUGAGAUUUAAACCAAACGAUUUGAUGGAUAAGACAGUUUCUGAUAAUCAUAUUUACUUUGGAUUUACAUUGGCUGAAGAUACACCAGAUUGGAAAUUAAUUCAAGAUAAGAAACUCUAUCAAUCAUACUGUUCUAAAACCCCAUACGUAUUCUCAUCGAGUAGACUGAAAGGAAUGCAACUCUUCAAAUCAGUCAUGUAUUUACCCUAUUCAUUUGAUGAUGUUUGGGCAAUGUGGGUUCAUGGAGAUAAUCAUAUCAAGUUUGAUCCACAAGCUCACACUGAUUACCAGUUACAUAAAUAUGUUCCACCAUGUGAAGAAGGUCUGAAAGAGAAUUCAGUUGACAAACCAAUGUAUGCCCUCCAAUUACUUACAAGUGGAUUGGAUUACAAACUUCCGUUUGUGAAAAAGAGGUAUUUCUGUAUGACUGGAACAACGAUUAAGGAUCCAUUCAAUGAUAUGUACAUGUACGUGAUGCACACUGGAGAUUUUUCACAGGACGAAUUACCAAGGCAAGAAAAUGGAAUUGAUGCUUUUGCAUUGUCUUAUUACAUUUUCUAUAAAAUGUAUGAUAACAUGACCAGAUUGGUGCAUGUCAUGUAUGGAGAUGCUAAUUUCAAGUACAAUUCUAAUCUUAUUCUGGAAAUGUUUUGGAAAAAGAGAACGAAGGAUAUUUAUACUAAAAUGGACAAACUAAUGAAUGAAUUGACUGAGGGUGGAACUAAAAAAUUACAACUUUCAGAUAGUGUGGAUGAUCAGUGUUAUGAUAAGGCAUGGAGAGAUAAUCAAAAAUUAUAUCCAAACAGAUCUUGGUAUUUGGAAUGGUCCAAAUCGAAUAGAGAAAAGAGAAAAUCAACAGUUUUCAAAAAGGAAUAAAAUUUACAGUUUUGAAA